AUGGAGGAGCUCACGGAGCAGCAGUUGUCGAUAUGGGAUCAACAGAUUUACUGGGGCUGCGUGUUGGAGUUGCGUCUACACGAUGACUGUCCGCUGCUGGUAUCGACCUGGAACGGCAAGAAUGCUGCGGCUGGAGGUGGCGGUGGAGCUCCAAUGGAGUACAACACGGUGCAGAUUUCCAAGGAGGCUGCAGAAGACUUGGAUGACCUCCAGGAAGAGUGGGAGAACGUCGUAGUUGCAGAAGAGCAGGCCUUCGAGCUAUCUCGGCUCAAGCGGAAACGGGAGAAGUUGGAGCUGCGUGGUGCUAUUGAGCAUACCGAAGUACUCCGCUAUGACAACGGCAAGUCAGAACCGCGGCUACUAGGUGUGAUCCAGAAGCGGGCUAUUGGUGACGGCAACGGCGGUAAGCAGAAACGACAA